GCUUGGAACCUGCAGUCCCUCAACACCUUCACAGGCGGUUUACACGCAGCGCAGGUAGGGCUAGGAGAACUACAGUUUCAGAGCCUGCCUCCAGAUCAUUUUUGCACCAUUAGAAACAAGCAGAAAGCUGGUGUUUCAGGAAGCGGGGCAGCUUUGCGAGCUUAAUGCACCGACGGACGUGUCAAACCGAAGCUGAGUGUGAAGACCACUGUCUGCCUACGCUGAACUCAUGCAGAUUUACUUCCCCUUCGCGGAGCUGAGCAGCCAUUCCUUCGUCGAAGUUCAUCUCCCCAGCAGCUGGGUCUCGGCGAGGACUUGAUCUGGGCUAAAUCGCCGUGUGGGGCAGGUCAGGCAUCCCGCAGCGGGGUCUCACCGCCGGGCAGGCAGCAGCGCUGCGGAUGCAUUACAAUCAGUAAAGGGCGAUAUCACGCUGUGUCGACUUGAGUUCAUUGGGAAACCAAGAUGAAGUUCAACGGGUACCUGAAGUUGAGGAUCGGGGAGGCGGUGGACCUGAAGCCGACCACCUUUUCUCUACGCCAUUCUGUUAUAUUCAACAAGACGUCAUCCUCUCUGGAUCCCUACAUCGUUGUCAAGGUGGACGAGUUUAAAAUCGGACAGACGCACACUAAGCAGAAGACCAACACGCCGACUUACAACGAGGAGUUCAGCCUGAACGUGAGCGACGGCAGGAAGCUGGAACUGGCCGUCUUCCACGAUGCGCCGAUCGGCUACGACGAUUUUGUGGCCAACUGCACCAUCCAGUUCGAGGACUUGAUCAAAACUUCGAACAUGGAGGACACUUUCGAAGGAUGGGUUGACCUAGAGCCGGAGGGCAAAGUAUACAUCGUCAUCACUCUCACGGGCUCCUUCAUCGAUGACGAUGCGACGGGACCCGAGAAGUCCUACCGGCAGUUCACCAGGAAGCGGCAGGGGGCGGUGCGUCGACGCAUCCACCAGGUCAACGGCCACAAAUUCAUGUCCACGUUCCUGCGACAGCCAACCUUCUGCUGCCACUGCAAGGAAUUCAUCUGGGGUGUGUUUGGGAAGCAGGGCUACCAGUGCCAAGUGUGCACAUGUGUGGUACAUAAGAGGUGUCACCAGCUGGUGGUGAACUCCUGCCCUCGAAUGAAGAAGCCAGCUAAGGAGGAGACCACAAACCAGGGCUUCAGUAUCAACGUCCCUCACAAGUUCAACAUCCACAACUACAAGGUUCCCACCUUCUGUGACCACUGUGGCUCGCUGCUGUGGGGCAUUAUGAAGCAGGGCCUGCACUGCAAGAUCUGCAAGAUGAAUGUCCACAUCCGCUGUAAAGGAAACGUGGCUCCCAGCUGUGGCGUGAACAGCGUGGAACUGGCCAACCGGCUGUCAGAGAUGGGCCUGCAGGCAGGAGGCCUUUCCAAGCGCAACUCCCUGUCCUCACUGAGUGAGGAGCGCCAGCGGAGCAUCAGCAUACGGAGCGAGAGCCAAAUGGGCGUUCCGGGGCAGCAGAGCCGGCGACGGGGCAUCUCGGACUUCACGUUCCUGCAGGUGCUGGGCAAGGGCAGCUUUGGGAAGGUGAUGUUGGCACGGAUGAACGACAGGGAUCGUGUGUUUGCGGUGAAGGUGCUGAAGAAGGAUAUCAUCCUGCAGGAUGACGACGUCGAGUGCACCAUGACUGAGAAGAGGGUGCUGUCUCUCGCCCAUAGCCACCCCUUCCUGACGCAGCUAUACUGCUGCUUCCAGACACCGGAACGUCUCUUCUUCGUCAUGGAGUUCGUCAACGGGGGCGACCUCAUGUUCCACAUCCAGAAGUCACGGAAGUUUGAGGAGGCGCGAGCAUGCUUCUAUGCGGCCGAGAUCACCUCUGGUCUCAUGUUCCUGCACAGCAAGGGCAUCAUCUACAGGGACCUAAAGUUGGACAAUGUGCUGUUGGACCAGGAUGGCCACUGCAAGCUGGCCGACUUUGGCAUGUGUAAGGAGGGCAUGUUUGACGGCAUGGCCACCGGAACUUUCUGUGGGACCCCCGAUUAUAUCGCUCCUGAGAUCCUCCAGGAGAUGCUGUACGGACCGUCAGUGGAUUGGUGGGCGCUGGGUGUGUUGCUUUACGAGAUGCUUUCCGGCCACGCCCCCUUUGAGGCGGAGAACGAAGAUGACCUCUUCGAGUCGAUUCUCAACGAGGAGAUCGUCUACGCGUCCUGGCUGAGUGCCGAUGCCGUGAGCAUCCUCAAAGCGUUCUUGACCAAGAACCCGGCACGACGGCUGGGCUGUGUGGAGGCAGAUGGGAGUGAGAUGGCCAUCACCAGCCAUGCGUUCUUUGCCACCAUUGACUGGGAAAAGCUAAACAACCGGGAGGUGGAACCACCUUUCAAACCUAGAAUUAAAACGGCAGAGGAUGUGAACAACUUUGACCCAGACUUCACACGAGAGGAGCCCACCCUCACACCCAUUGAUGACCCAAUCAUCUCCUCCGUCAACCAGGAUGAGUUCCGGAACUUCUCGUUCACGUGCCCUGAACUGGUGGAAGAGUAGAGCUCUCUGUCUGUUCCUUUCUUCUCCUCGAUUUGUUUUAUCCACACAACGUCUACCUACUGGAAGCUUCCUUUCUUUCCCCUUUAAAUUCAGUUCCUGGAGAACUAGCUAACAGUUUAUAUGGAGGACCAAUGCUGUGGUCAAGCACAUAGAGGCAUGAUAACCGCCACUUCAGGCUUGAGGACCCCUGUCUGGAUAUCUGAUGGUCCUGCAGAGAAGCAAAACAGUGACACUCUACAGUGACACUCUGACAUGAUGCGAUGGAGCUGCAAGUGAACUACAGGAAGUGGGUUGAUGUGCAAAUGGGUUAAUACACAACUGUCGUGUUUAGACUUGGGCAGAUGCUGUAGAUCCAUAGUGUUUUUUCAGUACUCUUUCAUAUUCAGGAGUGCCCGUUGUAGUAUGGAUGUUAGAACAUGCCCUGGCCACCCAUUCACAAUACACCCACAGUACUGUAACUGCAAAAAGCCAAAACAGUUAGUCAUGCCUCGCAUCAUCACAGCUACUACUCUUCUUCAGAGUUUACCUGCAAGGCUGAAAAAUGAAGUGUUCUGAAUGGUCCUGGGACUGUCAGGGUUCUCUGUUCAGGUGCAGAGGCCGAGAGGCAAGUACCAAGUGUUCUUCACGUAUCUGCCUGCGUGCUGUGAAGUGGAAGAUGAAUAUAUUUAAAAUAACUCAUAAGAUGUAAGGGUAUAUGGUUGAAGAACCUAAGUUCUUCGUAGCCUAAAUCCUUUUGGUUUUAGGGGGCUGGUUAUCCCAGUGUGAUGGAAUAUGUAGCAGUUCUAACGAUAUGACCUGCAAGAUAUUCCAGACUUUCGUCUAACUUCAUUCAACAGUGAUCCUCGCAGAUGAGAAAAUGCAUGUUUUUUUAUUUUUUAUUUUGGACUAUAACAAAGUAUUACUGAUACUUAAACUAUCAGCAUGUGUUACUUGGGUCCCUUGGACCGUUGACAGCUGAGAUUGCCAUGUGUAAAUAGCAUUUGCUAAGGAUUCUGCAGUUUGAUCGCAGCAGUAGAUGGGACUGUGCUUUUGGCCCCCUUCGCCACCUGCUAAUCUCUGCUUUUUGCCUGUUGCUUUGCCCAGAGCGGCUCCCCAAACAGGCCCCUGUGCUCCAUGUGACCACAAAUUUCCCAGCAUUCUGUCCUGAGCCGCAGAUCAUGGUGGUAUGAGCCAUUGACCAAAACCACUGCUGUUAAAUGCUGUAGGCCACAUACCCCAAAGCUAAAUAAAAAUGAAGCCCUUACUGAU